ACCUGUUACAUCACUGCAUUGUCAAUAUGGGUGAAGCGCCACUGCCCAGAGAGCAUGUGCUCAUUAUUCUGAAUUACAAGCUGUCUGACUCGCUGGUGGAGGCUAUUCGUCAGAAAUUUGCUGAUGUCGAGUGUACCAUCUUUCCCGCCACUCUGGGCUCCAAGGUACCAAGUGAGUUGUUCCGCAAGGCGACAAUCCUUGUCACAUAUGUCAACUUGCCGGAACCCGAGGAUGCCGAGAACUUGAAGCUCGUCCAUACAUUCUCUGCGGGCCUGGAUCACCUCAUGAACAAUCCUAUCUUGAAGAGUGGUCUUAUCCCAUUCACUACCAGUUCUGGUAUCCACGGCCCGCCAAUUGCAGAAUGGACCAUCAUGAACUGGCUUGUCUCCGCUCGCAAUUACAAUGUGAUGUAUGAGGCGCAGAAGGAGCACAAGUGGGAUAAAGACACACCAUGGAUGCAGACCAAUUACGACCAAGUUGGCAAGAAGGUUGGAAUUCUUGGAUAUGGAAGUAUUGGCCGACAGAUUGCCCGUGUAUCUCAAGCAAUGGGAAUGACUGUCUACGCCUACACAGCUUCUCCACGCCCAACACCCGAGUCACGCCACGACAACGGGUUUAUCGUCCCGGGAACCGGUGAUCCUGAGGGAACUAUCCCCGUAUCUUGGCACCAUGGCACAGACAAGAGUUCUAUCCAUGAAUUCCUCUCGCUUGGAUUAGAUCAUCUAGUCGUUUCUGUCCCGCUUACCCCUCAGACAACCCAUCUAUUGGGCCCCGAGGAGUUUGCGCUCUUAGCCGAGAACUCGAAGAAUCCUGGCAUCAAGCCAUACCUGACCAACAUCUCGCGUGGAAAGGUGCUUGAUCAAGACGCGCUGAUUGAGGCUUUGAAGUCUGGGCAGCUAGGCGGUGCGGCACUUGACGUUACAAACCCUGAACCAUUGCCUGCAGAUCACCCUCUUUGGGAUGCGCCGAAUGUGCAGAUUAGUCCGCACAUCAGUGGAUCGGGUAGAGAGUAUUUCUGGCGCUCACUCCAGAUUGUUAGAAUCAACUUAGACCGCAAGGCGAAGGGGUUGCCUUUAAUUAACCAAUACGGAGGAAAGGGUUAUUAG